AGUAAAACCUGUGACUGAGAACUGACUAAAGAGACUUUCCACCACACUCCUCGCCGUUUUCUCUUUUUAGCUGCAAAUCUGAUUUCCAAAAAAAAAGAGAAUCGCUGCCGAAGGAAAAGUAUGAGUGAGGGGAGGAGGAAGAAGAGUGUGAACGGAGGAGGCGCACCGACGCAAACUAAUCCCGACGAUCGGAGAUCUACUCUUCCGGAAGCUGAAGCGGCGGGGAAACGAGCUGUAAUCAAGAGCGCUGACAUGAAAGAGGAUAUGCAGAAGGAAGCUAUCGAAAUCGCUAUCACCGCGUUUGAGAAGUACAGUGUGGAGAAGGAGAUAGCUGAGAACAUCAAGAAGGAGUUUGACAAGGUUCAUGGUCCUACGUGGCACUGCAUCGUUGGCCGCAACUUUGGUUCAUAUGUAACACACGAGACGAACCAUUUCGUUUACUUCUACCUCGACCAGAAAGCUGUUCUUCUCUUCAAGUCUGGUUAACAAUUUCAAAAACCAAGAAAGCUCAUCGCUGGAAAAGAUGUUUGUGAUGUUCAAUCCGCACUAUAUCACGUUGUAGUUAUAGUUUCUUGUUCUGUAUGUUAUGUGUUAAAAAGGCUUUAACAAACAGAUUUGGAUAAUAAAUUUUUCUUUUGGUACG